UUUGAACGCAUCUGAAGUAGCGAGCAAAAAUUGUGCUUCAUGUCAUGUCAGUUGAUCGCAUAAAUUUAUUUUUCAAAACAAUUGAGUAUUUUAUUGUAUUUUUUAAUUUGUAGUGCUUUAUUUAUAAGAAUCUGAAUUAAUUAUGGAUUGCAUCGCUUCCGAAAAGGGUGAUUCAAGUGAGAACCGUGACCCGAACUCGCUAGUAUCUAAUGGAACUGUAAAGUCUGGGAUCGAGAGCAAAAGUUUAGCAGAGAAUGAUAGCACUUCACAUACGGAGGCUCCCGCGGAGGCGGCGGCGGCGGGCUCGGGGGAGGGCGCGGACGAGGAGUGCGAGAUCCCCGAGCAGGUGGAAUUCGUGGUGGUGUUCAACAAGGCUCGUCUCGACGUGUCCUUCGCCCACGACGCCACUAUACUAGAACUGAAGGCCCAUCUGGAGCGGAUAUGCGGCGUGCCGCAGUCCGCGCAGAAGCUCAUCAUCAAGGGCAUGGCGCGGGACGACGCCUCGCUCCGCGCCGCCGGCGUCGUUAAGGGCAGCAAGGUCAUGCUGGUUGGAUCCAAGACAGAAGACAUACUUGCAGUCAAAAGUGCACCAAUUGAGGCAAUGAAGGAGAAGGAAGGUGGUACAUCUAGCAAAGAGCCACUGUCAAUGCAGAAAAAUCACAGGAAAGUUUUGGACAAAGGCAUCCCACCUGAUGCCAUGCCGGGAAUCAAAGGUGUUAAAGAGCCCCUGCCGCCGGUGCCUCUGAGUGGCAUGCUGAACAAGCACGGGGGGAAGGUGCGACUCACAUUCAAGCCAGAGCAAGACCAGCUCUGGCUCGGCACUAAAGAACGCACAGAGAAACUUGCCAUGACAUCCAUUAAAAGCAUCACAUCUGAACCAAUCAAAGAUCAUGAAGAAUACCACAUCAUGGGGCUGCAGCUGGGUCCGACGGAGGCAUCCCGCUACUGGGUGUACUGGGUGCCUGCACAAUACAUUGAGGCCAUCAAAGACGCAGUUCUGGGCGUGUGGCAGUUCUUCUAAGCGCAACACGUGUAUUUAUAAUAUCUAUGUGUAACAAAUUACUGUAUGUAUCUCGGCCACCUUGGUAGCUGUAAACUUUUAAUCUAUCUAUGUUUUCAUAUUAUAAUUAUUUUGUGAUAUAAAAAUGCCAUGUCAAUUAAAAAUUGUCCAUAUAAUUCUGGCAUGUUAUCUGGUCAAAAAAAUAUAAAUUACAAAUUAUUUAUUACCUAUUGAAAAAUUGCAUUUUAAGCAUUUCAGAGCAGCUGUGAAAUGUAGUUUCAUAUACUUUAUAAUUUUAUUGAAUGGAAUCUUGAAUAGACGCGUGCGACUUGAUGAGCUUAUUGUCCCACUAGAUUUUAUCCUGAUCUCUUUUUAUGUAAAAUUUACAAUAUUCAGUCAAAUCACUGAAGCACUGGGUGGAAUACAAGAGCAACUGCCAAAUACUUAUUUUGUAUUGCAAUAGUUAACAACUGACUAGUGUAGAUCCUUUUAACUAUAUUUGCGUAAUGUUUUGCAUCCAGUUCUUCAGUGACAACUUUCGAUAAUAGGAAAUAAAAUGUUUUAAACUUUAAAA